AUGGUAAAGAUUAGUACUGCAUUUCACCCCCAGAUAGAUGGUCAGUCUGAGAGGACAAUUCAGACAUUAGAAGAUAUGUUGAGAGCCUGUGCACUUCAAUUUCGGGGUGAUUGGGAUGAGAAGUUACCACUUAUGGAGUUUGCGUACAAUAAUAGUUAUCAAGUGAGUAUCGGAAUGUCUCCAUUUGAUGCCUUGUAUGGAAGACAGUGUAGAACUCCAUUCUAUUGGGAUGAAGUGGGUGUAGUGAGAUUUGGGAAGCGGGGGAAACUAAGUCCUCGCUAUAUCGGACCCUAUAAGAUUAUAGAGCGUGUGGGCCCAGUAGCUUAUAGGCUUGCUUUGCCUGUGGAUCUAGCACGAUUGCAUGAUGUUUUCCAUAACUCCAUGCUUCGAAAGUAUAUUUCCGACCCUUCUCAUGUUUUAGAGGAGCAACCAGUAGAAUUGGAGGCUGAUUUCACUUAUGUGGAGCAACCAGUUCAGAUUUUGGAUUGGAAGACGCAAGUGUUGCGAUCGAGAGAGAUUCCACAUGUGAAGGUCUUAUGGAGGAGUCAUACUGUGGAAGAGGCUACAUGGGAACCCAAAGACCAAAUGCUGGAGCAGUACCUUCACCUCUUCGAGUGA